AUGUCGACUUCUGACGAUGCCCUCAUGCGUGGUGCUACGGAUAGGGCGAGUUACGGAGACAUGUCAGAUGGGAACGUCAAAAGGUUCCAUCUGUCAACAGUUUCUGCAGAGAGCAGGAUCACGCGUUCUGACAACCUUAGUCUGGCAACUCCAAGGAGGCGACGGCCAGCUACCAGCACCAUGGCUUGGCUCAAGACGGCGACCGAGUGCUUGAUUGUCAACGUCAACCACUACAAGGCGCAGCGACGCCUUACGAAAAGACGACGUGCGUGGGUCAGAUCCUCCCAGCUGGGUAUUAGUCCGCGUGUUUCGACAAGCCACGGCCAACUACCCCAGCAAAACACAUUUCAAGCCGUAGCUGUGAAGAUACAGAAGCUUGCUAGCUCUAGCAAUCAGGCACUCUCGUCAAACCCCGCCACUACUGCCGACUUGAAAACAGUCCGCAGAGCCAAGGACAGAGCAACUUUAGGUGGCACAUCGACCGCUGAAAAGCGUCGUGGGCGUAUAUUCAACUCGGCUGACAUUGACUACCUCGGGAAAGCCCUAGGCGAGGGUCCAAUAAAUUGCAACGGUUAUUCAGGCCCGUCCGCCACUCACGAAUUGAAUAGCUGUCAAAGCCUGCUGGUGAAUCGCCGCAGCACAGAGUCCACUGCCGAGGAACCCAGGAAACGAUACAGCUAUUGGGAGAACCAGAAUCGCCAGAACCAGGCUGAGAUCGCCAGACUCGGAGCUCAAGCAGACCAACUAAGCCGGGAGCUGUCCAGGCUGCGAGAGGUCUCGCAACACAACGAACGUUUCCACAGAUACUACAAGCGGAAAUACGAAACCACAGCCCAUCAUCUCGAGGGAACCAUGCACGCGCUGCGUUUGAUCGACAACGUGUGCGGCUCUUCAUCGCGAUCCGAAAGUGGCGACCCCGGGCCACCUAUCACCGACUUCGACCCUGCCACGUCACCCCGCGAGCACACAUACUUGCAAGACGUGUGCGGAGAAUAA